GUUGCCCUUGCGUCUCUUUCAAAUGCUGAGUCCGUUCGCUUUGUGUUGAGUGUAUCAGAUUUUCUUCAUAAAUUUUUCGGGAUAAAAAUCGGAUAUUUUACCAAAUCUAGGAGCACUUUUGCAAGAGGUUCUUCCAACUGAAACUUCAAGCAACACUUGUGUGUUCAUUAAAGACCACCAACUAUGAGCUUGACUUCCAGGAUUACUGGCGGUAACGGCUCGGGUGUAAACCAUAAUGUCAUGAAUCCGGCGCCCAAAUUGUCGGGAAACUUCCCUCCUGCUGCUCAAGAUGCAGCACCACCACAUGCAGCUGUCAACCAUACAACAAACUCCACACGUUGUUCGAGUGGCGCUUUAAUGAGCUUGUUAAACAGUGGAUUAUCUGUACCUCGUCAAAUGAUGGUUCAAGCCCGUGGUGCGCAGGAUAAUCAGCAUAUCCCCAUACAUCUAAGCUUCAUUGGGACAAUCGGGCAGGGUACUUUUGGACAGAUUGAGCGUGCAACCCUAGCUGUCUCGGCGACUGCUAGUUCAUGCACAUCCGGUAAGAAGAACUCCGAUGCUGGUGAUCUUCCUGACGGGGGACAAAGUUUACAAGUCGCUGUGAAGCGUGUUUUGCAAGACCCACGGUACAAAAACCGUGAGCUAAGCAUCAUGCAAAGGCUUAACAACCAUCCAAACGUUGUCAAGUUUUACUACUACUACUACUCGACAGCAUCAUCCAACACUCGAAACCAAAGAAGUGGCAGUGGACGUACUGGCUCAUCAUCAUCAGGGGUUGAUGUGUUCUUACAUCUAGUAUUGGAAUGUUUUCCUGAAAGUUUAUGUGAGCUGAUAUACCGUUAUUCCCAGAGAAACAUGAAAAUACCAGCUUGUACAGUAAAGAUUUUUACCUAUCAAAUGCUGAAAGCUCUAGCUUAUUUACAUAGCCAUCAGAUUUGCCACCGCGAUAUAAAGUCAUCAAACUUACUGGUCAACGAAGAGACUGUGGUAUUGAAGGUUUGCGACUUUGGGAGUGCUAAGGAAAUGGUACCGGGGACUGCUAAUGUUUCCUAUAUUUCAUCUCGGUAUUAUCGUGCUCCAGAGUUAUUAUUUGGCGCUCAGUACUAUUCUUGUGCAAUUGAUACUUGGAGUGGAGGAUGUGUUUUGGCAGAAAUGUUGCGGCAGCAUUGCCUAUUUAUGGGAGCUGACUCAGUUGACCAGUUGGUUAAAGUUAUCCGUGUUUUGGGAACCCCCACCCCACAAGAUAUCGCUAGUAUGAAUCCGAUGUAUGGAUCCUAUAACUUCCCAGACGUUCAGUCUUGCCCUGUAAAACUAUUUUUCCCACAACAUACCCCAGCAGAUUUGUUGGCUCUAAUGAGCAAGAUGCUAGUUUAUAAUCCAUCAUUAAGAAUUUUACCAUCACAAGCUCUUUCUGAACCGUGUUUUGAUGAACUUCGCUCUAUCGGUCCUCAUGGUGUACUUCCCAACCGGGUUCGUAUGCCUCCUCAUAUAUUUGAUCUUGAUCCAGAACCUAAUCCUAAUCCUCCUACAUCAACACCUGAUGCGACUAAUCCAUCCCCUUAUAACUGUUGGUCAUCAGAUCAUCACAGACACAAUUCCUCUAACAAGAAGUCCGUUACUAAUGUAUGUGAUUUGUCCGCGUCCGACAAAAAGAAUAGUAAACAAUCAUCGUCUAAUCCUCGAGAAAUUCCUACUGAAUGGCAACGAAAAGGUCGACCAGCUGGAUCGAAUUCAUCCGAAAAAUGUGGGUCAGUCGGUGGUACAAACAGCCAACCGAAUGCUGGAUCGAAAUCUAGUGAUAUCGGCAACACGAAUGGUGUAAAUAAUACUAAUGAAACUGCAAGUAAACAGCAACAACAACACCACAGUCGAGUAAACAAUAUCAAAGGUUCAAACGAUGCAGCAGCCACAAUAUCUGGAACAGAAAUAACAAUAACAACAACAACAGCUGAUAUUGGCACGAGUAAUCAGAUGGCAAAUCCAGACACUUGCUGCAAUGAUAAUGAAAGCAGCAGCAACAAUAUUACUGCUAGCGUACACUUGAAAUCAUUUCUGCCAACAUCUGAACGAACAAAUUUAAGUGAAGUACAUUAAGUAUUUGUUAAUUGUGCAUGUAACAGACAAUUUUUACCCCUGUCUCAGUCGAUUCAUUGCCUAUAAAGAACAAAAUCUCAUCGUACUUUCACAGUCUCAGUGUAUUGAGUCAUUUCAUAGUGGUCGGGUUGACCUCGUGCUCCUCCUCGUUGUCAUAACUACACUGCAUUCUCGUAUUGAUCAGUAGUUUACCAUAAGAAAAACGCGUAUAUAUAUAUACGAUGGUUACCGCCUACUAUAUUAUUUCUAUCCAUUCUUUAGCUCUCCGCAUCCACUCCCUCUUAUUUCUGUGUGUACACGAAGACAACUAAACCGAAUUCUUUGCUUUGUCUACAAAAUAAAAUAAACAAAGUUUAUUGGAAAUUUCUUUCUCUAUGUGAGCGAGAUGUUACCAUGUUUAUAUGCAUACAUUGCUGCCAUCUAUUUGCCUUUUCUCCUUCUUUGUUGUUCUUGUUGAUCUGAUUGAAAUCAGAUAGUAUACACUUCUUUGUGUUAUCCCCACACACGCACAAGACUGUCUAUCGACUAUUGUUGUGGUUGGUGUUUUCAGCUAGGAUUUCUAUCACAACUAUGGAUUAUAGGUAGUGUAGCAGCAUCCCAUUGUUACUAUUAGGAACAAUUGACUCCGUUUUUAUAUCUCUUUUCCGUGUAUGUGUAUAUUUUUACACUUAUCUGCUUUAUGUGUAUGCGCACAACUGUAUCUCACCUCAGCUAUCUACCAUUUCUUACUAUUGUAACCCCUACUCCACUAAUCACUGUGUAAAUAUCUUUCGUUUUUUCCCCAUUCAAAUUGUAAUUUUGCUUAAUUGUAUUUUUGUUUUUGGAUCUUUUUCUCUGUCUGUGACCUUGUCUCUCGAUUGAUUCUUACUUAUAUAUAUAUAAGUGUAAGUGUAAACAUUUAUCAGUUCUCUUGUCUGACUCGUCGUCUCUCCUUUCUAUCUAUCAUUAGUUGGUUGCGCAAAAAUUAUUUUUAAAAAAAAAGAAUAUUAUUUAUCUUGACGUUCUUUCGUUCACAUCCUCUCUCUUAUCAACUGUAAUAUCCUCAUUUUUCUUUUGAUUCUGCUUCACUCACCGUCGUUAGUUAUACAAGGUGUAUACUGCCUUUUUUAGAUGCAUGGGAUACUUGUAUUCUUGAAGAUUAUUAUAGUCUUGGUUAUGCGUUGUUAUUCACAAUUAUUACGGUAUACACUGUAUAAUGAUAAUGAACACCUCAUUGAACAUAAACAUCAGAAAUAUUGACUUGUGUUUCAUUUUUCUACUCUGUUCGAGUUGUUGAUGUUCUCUUCAAAAGAUAUUCUCUGAGUUUUGUCUCUGUUCGUGUUGGUAGCAGAUUCUUCAGUUGUCUAUUGUUGGGGUUUUUCCCUCCCUUUGUUGUUAGAAAACAUUCUUUCCUACUUGCUUCUUCAUUCUUUUGCAUUUCAUGAAUUCUCUUCCUUCCAUUUAUUUUACUAAAAUACUCUUGACUUCUUUGUAUUCCUACUGUGAUUACUUACACAAUUUGUUCUGAGAGAGGGUCUUUAUGGAAUAGAAGUUAUUGGUUGUGCUGUCACAAUACUAAAGCGAUAUAGGUGACAAUUGUGUCUACCCGUGUUUGCAUCACCUUUAUACGACUCUUUAUCUGUUAAUAUUUGUGAAGGUGAUCACUCUCUUUCUGCCUCUACGACGUUGUACCUUCUAACCUCAUGUUCAUGGUGAUUUCUGAAAGAUUCUCCCCAACAAUUUUGUCUUUUUAUUCUCUUAACCUAGUCUAUCUCUAUACUGGAAGUAUUUUUCCCUGUAGGCAAAACUACUUCCUCAGUUUGUUUGUUUCCUAGGUUACUUUUCCUAUAUUUUAUUUUUCGUCACCUUGAAUUUAGUAUCCAAAUACACAUUAUAUAGUUUAUGCACUGCUGUUUGUUGUUUCUAGGCUGGAAUCGUGACAGUUGUUGUUUACUACGAUUUCGCAUCUGCAUAUACACAUACAUGAACUACUCAAGAUUGGUUGUCUUGCUGUUUUAUGUUUCUUAUUUGUUGUUUGUCUUUUCCAGUAUCUUUUCCAUUUGUGAGCUGAUUUCAAAACAUGCACUUUUUUCCUCUCUCAUCUUAAUUCCUCAGGAGUUGAUUUGUCUACAUCAUAUAUAUAUAUAUAUAUAUAUAUAUAUAUAUAUA